AGAGGGGAGAGAGAGAGAGAGAGAGAGAGAGAGAGAGGAGAGGAGAGUGAGAGAAAAUUAUUCCAGCACUUUCUCGGAGAUUUUAUCCAUCGUCUUAAGUGUCUGGAGAAAAUGUCUUCUGUGGGAACAUCAAAGGCAAUGCUGGAGAUCGCCAAGUUCGGGCUGUAUGUGAGCGUUCCGAUCUUUCUUAUGUAUACUUUCGCCAACAAUACCAAGAAUAUCCAGAAAAUCAUGGGAAAUCAUUCUUAUGUAGUUUAUCCUCCGGAGGGACCAAGGCCUCAGUCACCAGAAGAGUUAAGAGAGAUGGCACGCAAAUUGGCUCAGAAGAAAAACAUGAAUUAAUUCUAAGGGCUGUAUGUGACUUACUGACUUUGUGGGGCUUUCAGGUUGUAUUCGGAGGUAGUUUUCUCUGUAUCCUUCCAUAAUAUGCAGUGUAAAAAGCUUAGAUGUAUAUUCUAAGAAUAUGAUAUGUAUUUUUAAUUUGGAUAUUGCACAUUUAUGUUUUACUGUCAUAUAUGUUCACAAUUCACAUCAUGAAAACUGCCUCUACAGACUCCAGCAGCAUUGUGGGAGUCUUGCGCAUCAUGUGUUGUUUUGGGAACAUGGAACUCGAUUCUUUGUGAAUCUAAAUGAGUAAAUUCUGUUGCUUGGAUCU